UUUAAAAACUACAACGAGCCCGCAGUUCUCUUUUUUUCCAGCAAAGCAACAAUUUACCAGUCACAUGCACGUUAACCUCCUCAGUUUUACGCAAUUGUAGAAAGAAAAAAAAAGAGAGAGAGAAAAAAACGAAGCCAUGAAGUGUUAAAUAUUUCAAAUUCAGUCGCACCGACAUUCGCCCGCAGAGAGACAGAGGAACAGGAGAAACGCGCGCGCUGCUCUCACGCGUCCUCCGUGAGAGGCGAAAAAAAACACACCAUAGGCAAUAAUUUAUAAAAUAAAUCCUCGCCGCAAAGUCGACAGUCUUUUUUUCACGGUUCUGAAGAAUUAAAUAAAGAAAUCACGCUGGCUCACGCCGUCUCGAACCCGACUAGUUUGACAGCUGCUCUUCACCCCCUUUGGAGGACUGUCAACAGCAAAAGGAUGGCAUCAGAACUGGCAAUGAGCAACUCCGACCUGCCCACCAGUCCCCUGGCCAUGGAAUAUGUUAAUGACUUCGAUCUGAUGAAGUUUGAAGUGAAAAAGGAGCCGGUGGAGCCCGACCGCAGCAUCAGCCAGUGCAGCCGCCCAGUCGCCGGCGGAUCCGUAUCUUCCACCCCGAUGAGCACGCCUUGCAGCUCGGUUCCUCCUUCGCCAAGCUUCUCGGCGCCCAGUCCGGGCUCGGGGAGCGAGCAGAAGGCGCACCUGGAGGACUUCUACUGGAUGAGCGGCUACCAACAGCAGCUGAACCCAGAGGCGCUGGGCUUCAGCCCAGAGGAUGCGGUGGAGGCACUGAUCAGCAGCGGCCACCAGCUCCCCAGCUUCGACGGCUACACCCGGGGGCAGCAGUUCGGCGGCGCGGCGGGCGCAGGAGGCACCGUGGCCGGAGAGGAGAUGGGCUCGGCGGCCGCCGUGGUCUCGGCCGUGAUCGCGGCGGCGGCAGCGCAGAACGGCAAUCCGCACCAUCACCACCAUCACCAUCACCACCACCACCUCGCCACGGCGCACCACGGAGCGCCCGGAGCGCCCGCCAACGGCACUGCACCGGGGAGCCACCAGCACACGCGCCUCGACGAUCGCUUCUCCGACGAGCAGCUCGUCACCAUGUCCGUGCGGGAGCUCAACCGACAGCUGCGCGGCGUCAGCAAGGAAGAAGUGAUCCGGCUGAAGCAGAAGCGGCGGACGCUGAAGAACCGCGGCUACGCGCAGUCCUGCCGCUUCAAGCGCGUGCAGCAGCGCCACGUGCUCGAGGGCGAGAAGACGCAGCUCAUCCAGCAAGUGGAGCACCUCAAGCAGGAGAUCUCCAGGCUGAUGCGGGAGAGGGACGCGUACAAGGAGAAAUACGAGAAGCUCAUCGGCAACGGCUUCCGAGAAAACGGCUCGAGCAGCGACAACAACCCUUCUUCCCCGGAGUUUUUCAUGUCGUCAAGAAAAUUUCUGCACCUGUGAUAUGAAGUGUGAGUCCUAAUCGUCACCCCUGCAGUCUGAGGUCCCACAACACUGGAAUGCUUCUAGCUCAGACUGACCCAUGGCACCAAGACUGCCCCAAAGCACAACAGUCAACCUGCAAAGAAAGGCAAAGAACAGGGAGAAAAGGAGGAAAGUGGAGAGUGAAAAAAAAAGAGAUCUGGUGCCAUUCUUCAGUCUUUGCCACCUUCUCUUCUUCUGCUGAAUUUUCUUUCUUCUUGAGUUGGUUGUCAGCAAAUGAAGACCAGCUUUUACAGGGAAAACGCUUUCGAAAACAUUCACAAAACUAAAAGGACAAGAAAAAAAGGAGUUCGAGAGGAACGUUCCACCUGAAAUUUCUUAAGACUGCAAGACUCUUCCCUUCAGCCAGCACCGGCGCUCCUGUUGUCCUCAAAGAUGCUGCUUCAUUGUAAUUAGCAUUAACAUAGAAUUUUGUAAACGUUCACUGUAGACUGGAUCUGGAGUCUUCGGGCAGAUGGGGGUCAGAAAUUAGAAUAAUAUCCAGAAACAUAUGCUAAUUAGAACAGCACUCGAUGUAUAUUAUGUACAGCAUAUCUAUACAGACCAGUUCUUUUCAGUGGUUGCGUAUGUAAAUAGACAGCAUACAUAAUGCUUCCUCUACAUCGUCUCUGCACCUUUAGUACGACAUUUACUCGUUCACGUUGAUUUGUACAGAUGGAUGGGCAAUAAGGACAAUUUUGAAAUCCUGAUAUUUUAGAUGAUUUUUUUUUUGUGUUGAGUGCGCUAUGAGAAUCCACUUUAAUACGUUUUAUUUUCCACCACCCCUAGCUAGGAAACUUGGUGUUCGUUGUGGAUUACAGAACAGUGUACAGUGUUCUAGCGGUAGCUCUAAUCACCUUACAGAAGAAAGAUGAGAAACCCAUGUGGCCUGG